CAUAAUAUUUUGAGAUUAGUACGCAAACGGACUGUAUUAUCGGAGGCAAGGGUUGAGCAUAUAUUUCCCUUAGACGACACACACUUUGAUACGGGCAUGCUCUUACUGAGAGCUCGAGCAGGCUGAGUUGACCGCGUGGUUUGCUGUUGAGACUCGCGUCUGUUUCACCCGCCGUUCGACACGCACUCACUGGUCGACGUGCACGCGCCGCGCGUCCCUUCUCCGGCCUUGUCGAGAUCUAUCCGACGUCGGCGAAAUAUCUCGACGUACAUGAUAUAAAGACAGAACAUGUGAGGAGACACUGCCUGAAUGCAGCAUAGAAUUCAUUCCAGUUUCUGCUUGGCUUGUUUGGUGUCAUGCUAUGCCGAUCAGAGUGAGCACAGGGCUGAGCCCAGAGCAGAGGACGCACGGACAGUUUAGGAUGCUGAAAGAUCAGACAUAACUUCAGGUAAAAGAUUGCAGCUCUUCAGAUGACUUCUUCAGUCACAUGGCUGUUCCACAUAAUCAGGCCAUAAUGGUGCUUCAUCAAGAGGGCACAACUACAUCUACAUUGGUACCUCAGACUUCUGCUUGUUCACUUUUUGUUGUUGUCAACCAGCUUCAUCCUGGUGGUACAAGGCAGGAAAAGCAAUCUUUGUUUGCUAGUACGGAGGCCAGCCCUUUGGCAAAACCCACUUUUGGCUCAUGUGUACAAAGCUUCAAUAAAGUCUCGUCCAUGUCUUUGUCAACUAUGGCAGCUACCAACACCAGUAACCAGCUAUGUAAUUUGCCAGCAGAAUCUACAUGCCAAGGCAUCACAGUGACUUUGGACAACAAUAACAUGUGGAAUGAGUUUUUCAGAUGUCAGACUGAAAUGAUUCUAACCAAGCAAGGUCGUAGAAUGUUUCCCUGUUGUCGUUUCCGCAUCUCUGGAUUGGAACCUUUCCAGAGGUACUCCUUAGUAAUGGACAUGCAACCAGUGGAUAACUACCGUUACAAAUGGAGUGACAGACGAUGGGAGACCAAUGGGAAAGCUGACCCACAUAUCACACGCUCCUUUGUACAUCCUGACUCACCUGCUACAGGUUUAGCCUGGAUGCAAAAUCCUGUUUCUUUUUACAGACUAAAGCUUACCAAUAACCCAAUAGACCGAGAGGGCCAUAUUAUCAUAAACUCUAUGCACCGGUACAUUCCUCGUCUUCACAUUAUUCCUGAAGAUAAAUCAGUGGAUGCAAUUCAACUAGACAGCCCUGAUGUUGUAACAUUUAGUUUUGCUCAGACCGAGUUCUUUGCUGUCACAGCUUACCAGAAUUUGUCCAUCACCCAGCUGAAAAUUGAUUACAACCCUUUUGCAAAAGGUUUUAGAGAUGAUGCUAACAACUCUCGAGGUGGCAAGCCCAAGAAUGCUACUUCCACUGAAAAACUAGACAGUGAGGUCAAAUCCAGCAAGGAGGCUACAACUUUGAAUAAUCUCAAGUCCUUGUUUGCAAAGAUAAAUGCUUCCGAAAAAGUCUCUACCAAUGGGGAUCUUAAACCUGUUAGUUGCGAUGGGCCCAGGAGAGAUGAGCCUGAGUGCUCCGGCAGCAACAUGAAGCGUCCAUGGCCAGGGGGGCUGUCCGAACUAAUUAAAGGUGCUCAUGUUAAGGUAAAAAGGAUAUCCCUUGAGAAAGUCCACAAUAGCAGUAGCCAGGAAACCAAUCUUGACAGUCUGGCUUUAAAAGAGAAUAAUAUGGAUGUUGAUUCUAAGGACUGUUUAUCUGAAAACAUUCCAAUCCCAGAUGAGGCAAAGGAACCAGUACCGUUUUCAAAAGGCACAGACUUUAAAACCACAACCGAGACAUUUUCUACAAUUGGCAUACAAGAUAAACUGAAUGAAACUGCUUCUGACACACCCUCAGAUGACAAUGAGGCCACGGUAUUCAGUGAUGAAAAGCUAAGGAACGAUAGAAGUGUUGAGGAAACUUCACCGAGUGACGUCAAACCUCUCGACUGUGGAGAAGUGAAGAAAAAGCGGGCUGAGCCUGUUCCACUGCCACUUCUCGCUUUAUUUCUACAGCAAUUGAAGUCAAAAACAAGGCCCACUAGAACAAAACCUAAAUCUGAAGCUUGUGGUGUGCCAUCACAGUCUAAUAAAUCCUGUUGUGACACUCCAGCUGCUGAAAACCAGUCAUCCUCUCCAGAAUCUUUUACCGCUUCUCUUAACACACAAUUAAAGAUACAACCAGCAGCCUCCCCAACUCCUCAAGACAUUACAUCGUCCAUUUCAAGCACUGAAGAUAAAACUGUCUCACCAGAAAGUUCAGCCACUGAUGCCAUUGCUGCUGUGACAGUCAGUGUGGUCUGUGAUAAAAUGCCCACACCUAACGAAGUUUCUGACACUACCUCUGAGUUUGCACAUAAUGUCAAACCCAACACUAGUCUUUCAGACACCAGACAUGACAUUUCCUCUGACUGUUUACCUAGCUGUGAUCCAAAAGCUUCUCCAGCCACCAUACCUCAUGCUCCCAAUAAUGAUCUUGUGCAAAAUGAUGUCAAUACUGACAAGUCCACCACAGAGUCUGCUCAUGAUACCUGUCCAGUCCCAUGUCCUGAGUCUGUUCCAGAGGCUGUUCCACAGUCCCAAUCUCCAGGAGUCAAAACCCCAUCUUCACCAUCUUGUGCAAUGUCUUCCCCAUACAUAUCUGCUCCUUCCUCCCCUGAUCCAUUUCCACCAAGCAUGUUCUCUGAUAGACCCAUACCUCCUAGAAAGGCACUUGAGUCUUUUCCACUUGGCUUAUUACUCGAUAGACCAAGAUCAGUAAUGGAGUUUGCUGAUCCAUUAGCAAACAAAAUGUUUGCGAGACCCACUCCACAAGGAAAUGCAAGUCCGUCUGUUUUUAAUGUCCCUAGUGAAGUGAAGUGUCCUGCAGUUUCCCCUGACCCUUGUGAACCAAAUGAAGCAAAACAGUCCUCAAAUACUAGUAAAGGUAUAAAACUCAAAGGAAAACAAAAGAAAGGGGGAAAGUCAAAGUUAGGGGAAGAAACAGAAGUGAUGGAAGGCACAAUUCCUGUCCCCAUGCAGCCCAACCUUGAAGACGUGGAGGGUCAGUUGUUUGUUUCCUUCAUGUCAAAGAAAGCACUUGAAAUUCACCUUGGAGAUGAAGCUAAAGAAGAGAUUUUACAAAAAAUGGCAAAAAUCCCUGAUGGUGAAGUCUAUGAUGAAAAGGAAAGUAUUGACGUACUUGAAAAGGUCCUUCUGCGUGAUUUAAAAAAUAUGAAACACAGACAGGUCAUUCAUCCAGUUCUGCAAGCAGUUGGUCUGAAGUUACACCUUUUGGAUGUUACAUUAUCUAUUGAUCUACAGUAUCUGGGUGUAUGUUUACCUAUUCCUCCACCUGUACCCUUACCCGAGGGAAGCUCAGGGACUUCCUCAUCACAAGUUCAUUUUGUUUCUAGGACAGGGAAAACCAGUGACAUCACCAAAAUUAAAGGCUGGAGAGAGAAGUUUUCCACACCAAGUUCUUUGUCUGUUGCUGGAGUCACCACAUCCUCAGAAACGGGACAAAGGAACCUGUCUGCUUUCUGUAGUGACAUGCUUGAUGAGUACCUGGAAAGUGAAGGCAAGCUUAUUGAUGAGCGAGCUGCCAGUUUCUCGCAGGCUGCUGUUACUCCUGUGGCCUACCAGCUUCCCACCAAGAGCACAAGCUAUGUUCUUACUCUUGACAGUGUUUUAAAAAAGCAGGCACUUCCAUCAGCGACAGCUCUUCCCAAACCUUCUGGAACAUCCAAAAAAACUGCACUGACCUCAAAAAGUAAGGAAGCUGUUCUAGAGGUAAGAAAGAAGAAAUCCAUUAAAAUCCCAGUUUCUAGCAAAGACAAGAAAUCAGGGGGAAGCUCUUCCAGGAAAUCCAAAAAGUCUGAUACUUCCAAACCAGUACCUAGUGUGCCGGCUGCUUCCUCUGACUUGUCGCAAAGCAAAACGAACCUUAAAAUUAAGACCAAGAAGGGAUCCAAGACCUCUUUACAGAAAUCUGACAAGCUUGUUAAGGAUGGUGUGCCAGUAGUUCCUGCAAAACAGAACACUCCCAGUUCCCCAGGUUCAAACCUGGCAGCAGGACGCAGUUCCAGUCUACCUAAAACCCUAGUUAAACUUAGGGAUGUGGAGGAUGGUGCAGUCUGGGAAGGGAAGAACCGUACCUAUAUCACAGUGGAACGGGCAGCCAUUGCUUUAUCCUGUCUUGUUACAGCAGAGGGUACAAUAGGAGGAAGCCCUUCUACUGUCAUAAAACGCCGUGCACCACCUUGCCUAAAUGACUUCUGCCGGUUAGGGUGUGUGUGUGCUAGUCUUGUUCAGGAGAGAAGGCAGCAACAUUGUGGCAAAGCCCAGUGCAUGCUGGGUUGUAACUGCCUUAGACGCAAAGUAGUACUUUUGAAAAACGGCGACACAGAUGAGGCAUCUGGAGGUCCGUAUUAUGAGAAAGAAAAUGGAAGCAAAUUAAAAAAGAAGAAAAACCGUAUAUCUUAUUUUCUUUCAGGUCCUGAUGCAGCUCCUGAGCCAGUCCUUCAUGUAAAAUCAUUAUGGGAUCAACAAAAUGACUUGGAUUCAGAGCAACUUUAUAUUCCUCUUCCUGCUAAGCCCCUUCAUCAACCAGUGUCGUCAGAUUUGCAGAAAGACUUUGAGAACUUUCUUCGUCCUUCAGCUAACCGUAAAGCUGUUGAUGGGGAAGGUUUGAGCAAAGUAAAAAAUCAAGAUGGUCUGGACUGUGCACGUGUGAGGCCAUUCUGUUGGAGAAAACAUUCUCCCUGUAGACAAAAGCAUGCGAAGGAAAGUCCUCCAAGUCCACAGGACCCAAUGAAAGAGAUAGAGGAAGGGGAACUUCGGCCACCCACUCAGUCUGGUCCUAUCAAACGUUUGGAAAUAGUGUCUAAAUGCAAGUGGGGAACAGAAGGCAGCCGAAAUAUCGUCCUGCGUACAGUGUGUGAGCAUAUGGCACAGGACCGUCUGAAGCACCCAUUCUGGAUUGGCAAGUUCCAUAUCCAACCCACAGCCAAGACCAUAACGGAGACAGAUGAAGGUUCCAUCGUUACAUAUAAAGUUGUCGUCUCCCAGCCAUACUUGGAAGAGAGUGAAGAGAAGAAAAAGGAGGAAAUGAUAAAGCAGCUAGAAGCUCGUUUGAUUGAGACCAUAGGAAAAAGUGAGGUGAAGGGCCUCCCUCUUCUCUCUCCAGUCACUCCUGCAGGUUUGCUAAAGGCUGAUAAAAAACCUUCUGGUGCCCUGGGCCAGAUAAUGGUCAAUGGAAAGCUAUACCCACAAGCAAAACUAGAACUGGGCCAGAUGGGGGCUUUGCACCCUGCAAACAGAUUGGCUGCAUAUAUUACAGGACGAGUGUGUGUGGCUAACAAACUUGACCCUAAGACUGUUACCACAGCCACCAAAGCUUCUCUUACGACUCCUUUCACUCCUACCAGUGCGGCUGCAACAGCUGUUACCCACACACUUUCUUCAGCUGCAACAUUGUACAACUCCAGAGUGGAUGAGCAGUUUGAGAUCAGCAGUUUAAAUUUGCUGCAGAAAAAGUCAGCCAGUACUAGUGCAUUACCAAUGCAGAGCAAAGUUAAAAACCCUAUCCUUCCUUCUUCGUCUGUGUUGACUGGGUCCACCGGGAUAUUGGAGUCGAUUAACUUGUCUCCAGCUUUCCAUGCAGCACCUGUAACUGGCACUACAGAUGGCUCCAUCCAAGUGGUUAAGGCAGUCCCUGGAUCAGCUGUAUCAGAGAAGACUUUUGUGCUCAGUGGUACUGGAUCAAAUGUUGCGCUUUCUGGUAGUGAAAUCAGAUUGGUGCAGCCUCUAACAUCUACUGGCCCAGCUCCUCCAGGCCAGAAGAUGGUGAUGUUUAAGGCAGCUAAUUCUGAUGGCCAAGUAAUCCAUUUUUUGCCUCUCAGUCAAAUAAAGGCUCUCAAUCCCAACAUUGUCCUAAAUUCUCAGCAAUCCACUCUUAUCCGUUUACCAACCCCCAAUCAUGUCCCUCUGAGUAAGCCUCAACCCUCCACAACUGUUGCUUCACUCACAGAGCCUUCUUCUGCUUCACAAGCUCAGAAUAUUGCCCCAGUGCACAGUACCACUCCAUACACCUCCUCGAAUGCAACUGCAAAACCAGUCAGCUCUCUCACUGAUCCAAAGACCUUGUUGGUUUGUAACAAACCCAGUACAGUAAAAAUUAUACCAGGAUUUCUACGGGAUUCCACCACAACCACUUUAAGAAUUAUACCUCAAAGAGUUUUUAAAGAGAUCAAAGUAGUUAAAGAUCCCAGAAACACAUCUUUAGUGUCCUUAGCUCAAAGCUCUUCACAGGGUCGCCCUGCAAAUCAAGGCUCACAGCUCACUUCCCAAAACUGCUUAACCCAUAAGAUUCUGAAAGACCCUGAAAAAGUGGACAGUCCUGUGCACACCAUUUCUACAACCACCAAGGAAGCCUGUAAAGAAGAUUCCCAGAGCUCCAAAAUGUCACUUGAAAAUGUGGUUUUUACAGACCACUCGUACUCCUUUGAAAAGAAGAAGACGAGCCCAUCGUCAAUGAAACCUGUUGAUCUUUCUAAUGAUACCUCUAAUCCCUCAAACCGCUCUACAGAUCACAUGCUCCUCAAGGACGCGCUGGAUUUGGGUCCUGUUGAAGAGGGUUACGAUACCAGUGGUUCUGACUUGUCCACUGAGAGUGGUAGUGAGUCUAAGGCAUAUCUGGUGGCAGAUGAAGUCGAUUCAGAUUGCACAGAAUUAACAGAAGAUUCAGACAUGUAUAACGACUGCAGUCAGUCCAGUGACAAGGAGGAUCUGUGUGCAGCCAGUGAAUCUGAUGGAGAAGCAAUGAAUAAGAAGACACAAGGCUCUGUUGAGGCGCAUGCACAGGAUUUGAAUGAGAAGGAUGAUGAUGAGCUGGUUGAUAUAGAAACGUUUGACCCGGGAGCUGAGAAAAGCCUUGCGCACCCUGAGCAGAUGCAACAUGACAGCUUUCAAGAUCAGUCGUCAGACGAGGAGAAUGAAAAUUUGAUUAAAAUUCGCAAGAGGAAGGAUGAGAAGAUGAGACGCAUUACACUGAGUAAUAGUUUUCGAAAUCUGCAGCAGACUCUUAAUUUUGAAAAUACUAAAGUUCCCAAAAUAACCUUACUGUCACAGGCCCUGAAAGAAAUUCAUUCUCUUACAAAACGAAGAGAUUCUCUGGUAAAAAUGCGGGACAAGAUGACACAGAAAAGAUCUUACUACAUUGAAAUGGCAUCCGUGUUAUCUGGAAAAAAUAAAGAAUCCAUCUCUCAGAAGUUGGAUGAAAUUAUUGCGAACCAAAAAUCUGCAAAGAUUGAUGACAAAGCAUAUAAUCUUAACCGCAAAAAGAGAGUUCCCACGCAUUCUCAGACAAAGGCCGACACAAAACAGAAGAAAAAAAUGAGGGGAAAAGUUGAACACAGCACUAACAAACAGAAACAUCUCGGAGUCCAGGAUCUAAGAACAGAAAAUGUCAGAUCUAAGCAGAAAAUGACUGCUGCCAUACCUGGUCAGCUAGACAAAACACUUAACACUUGCCCAACACCAGACAGACAACUGAGAAAAUGUCCUUCACCCAUUCUAGUACCACAUGACAAAACAAGGCCCAACAUCCUGUCCCACAGCAAGUCUCAAACUCCAACUGAAAAUCAAGUGCUUGUUCAAGUGAUUCCAAUGGUGAACACAGGAGUGCCAUCCAAUCAAACCAUUACCAUAAGUAACCCUCUUCAGCCCAUUGACAUAAGUCAUUUGGGGGAAAGGCAGUCAACAACACCAGGUGUUGCAGCUGUGUCCAUAUCUAUUCCUUCCAUCUCACAUUCUCUAAAUGUAGAGAAUCCACUUCCUGUAUUGCAGCCACAAGUCCUUAAACUGGCCAACAGCUCUGUUAACACACCAGGUGAUACUAUAAACCUCCCCAAGAUUUCCAGUGUGGUUUCUUUGGUACCGUCAGAAAAGCUGCUAUUUACACCUCCAGCUGCCACAGUUAUGCACAGACAGGCAGUAUGUAGCUCUUCAGCUGGGGAAGCUCUAGAGAAUCCCUCUUCUGCUGAAGUCCCUUCUGUGGAAGAGAAGAGACACCUGGAUAAACAGCUCCAAGAGGUUUUGCCAACAAAAACGGAGCCUGAUGCCAAGGUCAAGAUAGACGGUGAUAAUAAAAAGGAAAAGGAAGAUGAGAGAAACGCUCGUGAACCUGAGCAAGAUGACGACCGUCUGAUGUCGUUACUUGAUGAGCUUGUUUUCCUCAAUCAGACUUCUGAACCACAAGAAGAUGCUACAAGUCUUAUGGGGGCAGGAGAUGAGCUGACAGAACUGUUUACUAAUAAAGAGCCAGAAAUUGACAGAGAUGAUGAACGUUCUCUCAGUCCUCUGUUUCUCACACUAGAUGAGGAUCUCAUAACAUCACCUGCCUCAAAAGAUGUGGAGAUGGAUGAUAUUCCUCCUAAGGUAGAUGACCUUGUUAAGGUUAUAUUUGGUUCGGAGUCUCCUUCCAAUUCUUCAGAAUCAGAGAUUGUUGCAGCAGCCAGUGGUGAUGCUACUCGUGUUUCAAUAUGCCAUGCUAAACAUGAUGCUCCAACACCCCCCCCUUUACUUCAGAUGAAAACUGGAGGUUUUGCAACAGCGGACUCUCCAAAGGAACAGGCCAACUUGUCAUGGCGACCAAUGCCAAAGCUUGCUCCUCUCGGACUGAAGAUCCAGGAGACUGGGCACCCUAAAGCGAUUAGUCCUCAUGCCCCUAAAUCAGGCUUGAAACUGCCCAGUCUUCAUGGCACACAUUUAUGAGAACCACAUCAGGGAUAUUCAUAGUUUCACCUUAACUUGUACUGUAUAACUCAUGACAUAAAACUGUCGAUUUGUUUCUUAGCACAUUUCAUUAUAUCCUGAUUUAACAAGAACUACCUGUUGUGCCUCUAGUUGAUCCAAAGACGUUUAUUUGCCCUUUUCUAAGUGCAAAUAGAUUUUAUGAGGGAAAUUGUUAAUCUUCCUUAUGUUUUAGAGGAAAAGAAAAAAGCAUUACAAUAAGCAAAGUGACUAUAGUUUUGUGUAUAGUAAUGUAAAUGCUGUAAAAAGCUAAUGCUUAUGCAGGAAAGUUGAAUAUUAAACUGUAUAGUAUCAGAUGCCUAUGCCUUAUAUGGGGCAUGCCAUUUUACCCAUUGGAUGUGAUUAAAACAACAAAAAUCA